AUGACCCGAGCAAAGCCACCUAGGCACCUGGCUUGCAUCGCUCAGGUGGAUGAAGAACACACCGCGCUUGAGCACGGCCAAUCUGGUGCUUCGAAUUUCGAAUCUAGCGCCGCCUGGCCCAGCCUCAACCACCUGUCGCCGUCCAAAUGGUCCAACACCGACCGCAAUCGUAUUCGACAGAAGCCUAAUGCGUACCUUCAGCACCCUAUGGCAGGCCUCGUCAAGCGAGAGAGCGCGGCCGCCGAGUAUCAAGCUAUGGAUCUAUUUUUGACGCUAUUUCUGACCCGUUGCGAACCCAAAAACCCUAAUUUUCGCCGUACAGCCGCAACGCCACACCAAUACACAACCCCUGAUCAGCUCUUCCUCAGUCGAAUUGGGGCUUACUCGCAGAUCCUUUGGUACCAAGAUGGAGGCACAGUCUGA